AUGAUUGAGCAGCAAUCCCUGAUCCUUCCCAAGGGCGAUAUCACCGUAGAUGUCGCCAUCAUCGACACAACCACUCGAAUCGGUGGCGUACCAGGGUCACACUACAUGGCCCCAGCGACGAAAUACCCUUCACUCUCCAAGUCCAUCGCCCCCAAACCCAGCCAUAGCUUCCUCAUCACCCAUCCACCUUCUAAUACCCGGGUGCUUUUCGACCUGGGCCUCCGCAUUGACUGGCAAAUCGCCACGUCUCGACCUAUCCUCCGAUCCAUUCAGAAUGGUAGUAUGCGCGUGCGUGUUGAGAAAGACGUCGCUAGUAUUCUUUAUGAGGGUGGUGUCGACCCGGCGAGCAUCGACGCGGUGGUCUUUUCCCAUCAUCAUUUCGACCACACUGGCGAUCCCACGCGCUUCUCGCAGACGAUGAAAGUGGUCGUAGGGCCCGGCUAUCGCGAGGCGUACUUGCCAGGUUGGCCGGCUGCGAAGCAGAAAUGGGAGACAACCAGCGAUUUGUACCGCGGUCGGGACGUGGUCGAGAUAUCGUAUGCGAAUUCACUUACAUCUGGGCGUGGGCUGCGCAUCGGCGGCUUUGAAACAUAUGAUUACUUCGGCGAUGGGGCCUUUUAUCUGCUCCAUACGCCUGGACAUACAGUCGGGCAUCUCUCCGCGCUGGCGAGAACCACCCUUCCGGCACAUGACUCGGACACAGCGACGUUCAUAUUCUUGGGCGGAGAUGUCGCACACGAGUGCGCGCUUCUCCGACCAAGCGCUGCGCAUCCGCUACCGGAUCAAAUUAGCAGUCGUGAUGGCCCGCGUGUGCAUGCGCUCCAUCGCGAAUACACCGUCAACGAUGGCGGAGAGACGGCGAAGAAGAGCCCGUUUUGUACGGCGACCGGCCCCCACAGCGAUGUUGCUGCAGCGCAGCAGAGCAUCGACGCCCUCCAGGCCUUCGACGGGGCGAGUAAUGUCUUUGUGGCACUGGCGCACGACCCAGAUCUUUUGGAUGUUGUCGAGCUGUUUCCUGGCGUUGCGAAUCAGUGGAGAAAGAGGGGUUGGAAGGAGAGAUGUCAUUGGAGAUUUUUGAAGGCGCUGUUUCCUGAACUUGGGUUUGGAUGGGUGGGGGAGCGGGAAAAUAAGAUGUGA